AGAUGACAGAUGAAACUAUGAAAAAUGUUGUAAUUACACAUUUAAAGCUGUGAUCAAAUUGUUCCUUGUCUCUAGGUCUAAAACACCAGGUGGAAUGGACUUCUCAAAUACUUCAAACCUUAACAGCACUGUGAAAACACAGACUCUUUUCUGCUACGAGUCUUUGAGUGGAUCGUGUGUGAGGUUUGCUCGACCCCUGAGCACUCAGGUUCCUAUGUUCACAUCGAUGGGGUUGGCCAUACUGGUGACUGUUAUUGGGAACCUUCUGGUCAUCACCUCCAUUGCACACUUCAAGCAGCUCCAAACCUCCGUAAACCAACUCCUCCUCUCCCUGGCUGUGUGUGACCUCCUUCUGGGACUGUUUGUAAUGCCGUGCAGUGCUGUGCGCUCUGUCCAGGGCUGUUGGUACCUAGGAGGGUUUCUGUGUAAGCUCCACACCAGCACUGAUAUUAUGCUGAGCACAUCCUCCAUCUUCCAUCUAUCCUUCAUCUCCAUUGACCGUUACUUUGCUGUCUGCAGGCCACUGUCGUACAGACUGAUCAUCAGCAAUAACACUGUAUUGAUCAUGAUCGCCACCAGUUGGCUGGUCCCUGCCAUUUUUGCUUAUGGAAUGAUCUUCUCUGAGAUGAAUCUAAAAGGCAGGGAGGAUUUCUAUGAAACACAUGUCAAGUGUAUUGGAGGCUGUUAUGUGUUCUUUAGUCCAGUGGCGGCUGUAGUAGCAUCGUCCUUCAGUUUUUACAUCCCAGGCCUGAUCUUGAUUUGUAUAUACUCCAAGAUAUAUUGGGUUGCCAGGACUCAGGCCAGGUCCAUUAAAGAUUUAUCUCGUCAGUUUAAAGAGGCAGACUCUGGACGUAGAGAGAGACGAGGGGCAAAUAUUCUGGCAAUAGUAGUGGGAGUGUUUCUAACCUGCUGGAGUCCCUUUUCCUUGUGCCUCAUCAUUGACCCUUUCAUACAGUACUCCAUCCCACCGCUGUUGGGAGAUACCCUGGUUUGGUUUGGAUAUUUGAACUCUGCUUUUAACCCUGUUGUCUAUGCUUUCUUUUACACUUGGUUCAGGAGGGCUUUGAGAAUCAUCAUCAGUGGUCACAUCUUUCACAGGGGUUCAUGUAGAUUUAGAUUGUAUUCUGAGUAAAGUUUCAGUUGAUGUUACUGUAUGACGUGUUCAAAUAAAUAUAUGAAUUAUGA